AUGAAGUUCACUGCCCUCCUUCUAUCUGCCGUUGCAGUUGUCAUUGCUGCCCCAGCUGGCAAACCCAGCAGCCCGGAAGUUGCCACCCGUGGUAGUCAACUGGUCCUCCCCAAGGACACAUUCCUCCAUUAUAUCAAUACCGGCGUAACGAAUCAUGAUAUUUACGGCAGACCCCUCGUGGUGAAGAACGGGAAAGCCUCCGAAGAAACCAGCGCCGUGGCUACCUUCCAGCUUGGUAGCAGUGUCAGUGGCCACCGAUGCAGACUCCGCUUCGAUACCGCAGCAGGUGACAUCUCCAAGGGCUCGCAGCAACUUGAUAUCUUCAGUGUAAUCAACCCACCAACCUGGCCACUUCAAAACUCGUUCAGCAGAGACCAGCACCGUGGACGCAUCUACGUGCCUCUCCCCGGGCAAGCGCAGUGGAUCCAGGGUUACAAUGGGUAUCCCGAAUUCGACUGCCCCGUCAACCAGCUCUUUGGCUUUGAGUUCGUUGGUGUUUAUGAUUAUGACAUUGUCGACUGGAAUGUUGGCUCAACCGGACCUCGCAUUGAGGUCUUGUAA